AUUUGAAACCAAUAAAACGUUUUAUCAAAACUCCCCAUUUUUUUCACAACGGAUAAGUAUGGCGGAGCAGGAGCAACACGCGAGCAACAAGAAGACGCCGUCCGACUUCCUCAAGGGCGUACUAGGCCGUCCCGUGGAUGUGAAGCUCAACAACGGCGUGGAGUACAAGGGCGUGCUGGCCUGCCUGGACGGCUUCAUGAAUAUUGCUAUGGAACAGACGCAGGAGUAUCAAAAUGGGCAGCUGAAGGCGCAGUACGGCGACUGCUUCAUUCGUGGCAACAACGUGUUGUACAUUUCGGCGUCCAAGUAAUCACGAUGGAGCAGGUCUCGUGCUCUGAUGGAGGUAGCUGUAUCAAAGCAAAUACAACGACGUCUGUCAUGAGCAAAAGGAAAUUGUAGUACUUGCCUCUACAUUGUUGUGAUGGUGUGUGGAGAUUGAGUCAACAUUCCUCAACUUUCUUCAUCUGAUACACAUUUACAAGUGCAAAAUCCGCUAAAGUUUUUCACUACUACAAUUUCUGGUUAUAUGUACCAGUACACUCUUUCUUACUUUGACCAAAAGGACGAAGCGUUCACGCUCAAUGUUGGCAAUUGAGUUGGCUCCAGACGCUCCUCAAUUUUUUUCACACAGCCACGGUGACACAUCCGAAGUUCCUCGAAAGUUGAAAAUGGAGAAUCCUCCACCUCCAACUUCUGGAGUUUUGUAGGAGGAGAACAUCGACAUGCACCGGAGAUCACCGAGUCUGCUAGACUUUUGUGCAAGCGCGGUUGCAUGAGAGAAAAGAAGCUUCCGCCUCGACCUGCUUGUGAGCCAUUGCACGCCUUGGAGCACGGGAACCCCUCCAUAUUUAGGUCGCCGAAGGUCACGUACGCGUUGCUAUCCGCAUGACCAAAGCGAGGUGUUGUCAGCCCCCACUUCGCUGUAAGAUGGAUGCACAGCAAUUCUGUUAGCAGUCUAUUAAACUGCACGAUGUAUCGACUUCUUACCGUGAUUCCCGUCUGGAACGCGACCUCCAACCAGUUGCCAAGUCAAGUUGGUGCUGCCAUCGCUCAUGUGCCAGCUGCAAGCAUCAAAAACAAGAUUAAGUUAUAACUGUA